AUGAGUUGGGAUUUCAGGGCUCCAAGCGCUCCGCAUCCCUCGUACGGUGAUCAUGAAUUGUUUUCUAUUCGAAUGUACCAUGGUGGUCAAAUCUGUGGUAACUGUUAUGCUUCUGGCAGUGUAGCUUGGUUUGAUUAUUGUGACAAGGAUAGAAUGUCAAUGACUGAGAUAGACAAUAUAGUGAGGGAGUUAGGCUAUGGUGAGAAUAGCUCCAAUGAAGACCCAAAUGGGGAACAAAGUGGUGGGGGUAUGCAAAAGCCAAGGGAAUCUUGUGCAAGACAUGGUGUUUCUGAAAAAAGCAAAGAAAAAACAAUACAGAGUGAAUCUUCUGCAGUGCAAAAAUACAAAGAAAAAGCUGUUGAGAGGGAAUCUUCUGCCACUGUAGACAAAUGGAAAAUUAAAGUCAGUUAUGUGUUUGGGAAAAGGAGGGCAAGAGCUUUUGGUAAAAGGAGCUGCAAAAAUGUAAAAAAGACAUGUGAUAAAGAAGACCAAAGGUCCAAUACAGUGACUAAGGGACUAGUUGAGAAUGAGGUUGUUGAAGGAAGUGUAGAAAAAAGCAAGUUAUCAAGAUGUCAUCCAAUGAAGACAAGAAAAGCAAGAAAAAGGACCACAGUCUGUGAUGAUGAGGAGGAGUCAGUAUACAGUCUUGACUCUGAUUUUGCAGAUCCUAACUUCAGUUGUGAUGAUAAUGAUGAUGAUGUCGAUUUUGAUGAACAGGUGGACAAACAAACUGAGUGGGUUCGAGAUGGGGCAAAAGGAAAAGAGCCAGAGUCAACAAAUGCUGGGGUUGAAUCUUGGUAUUAG